CUUCGCCCUCUCCCCCUCCCUCCACCACACCCUCAGAGCCCUCACUUAGAAUGCAACCCCAUCCACAUCUUCCACACCAUGUUCCCUAGAUUUGCACGUGGAGCCGCCAUAAAUUUAUGGAUGGGCCGUUGCACGUCUUCAUUAUUUGCCGGUUGUCAGUUACGUGGAAUAGUGUUGUUGAGGUGUUACAGUAUCGACUUGUCUCUUUUAGCCUGACGUAGAUUAUCGCUAGGCUGUCGUCUGAAACCCUUCUUAUGACUUUAAUUUACCGUACGACCUAAUUUAUUGGUUAAGUCGUCGCUGUGCGAAGAUACUUAGGAUGUAGAGGCUGGAACAGUAACAGCCUAAAUAAACUCAUUAUCGAGCCACGUAUCCACGAUGUCUCGAGUCGUAACGGACGGAGACCUCAGUCCUCAGCGUCACUUUCCGCGAAACCGCGGUCCUGCUUACGUGGCUGCUCCGCGCGGGGUCCAAUACCCCGAGGACUUAAUCUCCCCGACCAAUCCGGGAAUCGCACCUGGCAGGCCGGGCGACCAUGUGCGACGGCCAGCCGGUCGCACGGCGAUUCGCACGGUGCAGGAGGGCCACCAGCUCACGGAAGGCGACGACUUCGCAGACAACCGAGGCGGCAGCCAGAGGCGAAUAACGAUCCCCUCCGGGGGAGGCGGCGGGGGAGGCGGCGGGUAUCACGGGAACACGUCGCCGCUGCGCAAUGCCAUCCACGGGCGGUCGGAGAGUCACUCGGGGGAGUCGGCGGAGCGGGGGGGGCGCGCGGAGCACGCGGCGGACCUCCAGCCGCGGCGCGCGGCGAGCUCCAACGAGGCGGGGUACGGCCGGCCGGCCGCGCUGCGCCUCGACGCCGACAUGAUUAAGGCCGGCAGGAAGGACGCGCUGAGUCCCCGCCGCAUGGUGAAGGUCGCCACGCCCUCGUCCCAGUCCAGCAGCGCCAUGGCCCGCCCAGGGGGGCCGGGCGGGGCGGGCGGGGGCGGAAGCAUGGUGGGGAGUUUCCAGGCGUCACGGGGGGAGGCGGAGCACAUGCGGCGCGUGGCGGAGCUGGUGGAGGCGGUGCGCGCCAACGACGUUGACCUGGUCAACGUGGUCCUGCAGGAGGCGCCCUCGCGCACGGCGCUGCUCAACACCGUGCACCCAGCCUCUCAGCGCACGGCGCUGCACGAGGCGGUGAUUGCGUCCAGCACGGAGGCUGCAGGCGCGCUGCUCGAGUGGGGCGCGGACCCUGAUGGCGGGCAGUCGUCGCAGAUGCCGCCCAUCAUGCACGCGGUGGAGAAGGGCAACGACAAGAUGGUCACGCUGCUGCUCUCGCAUGGGGCGGACAUCAACGCGCAGGACGCCAAGCAGUGCACCGCGCUGCACUACGCAUGCGCUGCAGGGCACAGGGGCAUUAUCAAGCUGCUGCUGGUGGCGGGGGCCAACAUGUAUGCGCGCAACCGCGACAACCUGUACCCGCAGCAGCUGGCGUCCACGGACCGCAUCCGCACGCUCUUCCGCAAGCUGCACGAGUACCACCAGCGCCACGGGCUCGUGGGGGAGGGGGAAGGGGGAGGGGGAGGCGCGGGGGGAGGCGCAGGCGGAGGGGGCAGGGGGGGGAUGCGGGGGUCGCCCCCGAUUUCGCCUGGGACGUCUGGGCGGAUGAGCCCGAGGGACGUGGGGGGGAUGGUGGACGACGGGUGGGACGACGAAGUGCCCAACGGCUCAUCGGUGCAGCAGCUCAUCUCGCCGCGCUCGCUUGCAGCCCGCACUCGCCUGGGCGCUGGAGGCGCAGGGGCCGGCGCAGUGCAGCCCGGCCGCCAGGGGCCUGCAGGGGGGCGGGGGGCUGUGGGCAGCCGGUCUGCUGUGGAGCGCGGGAGCACCCGCGAGGACGACUGGCUGGCCCUGCCGCACGCACGGGGAGGGGGAGGAGGUGGAGGGGGAGGGGGGGAUGGAGGGGAGCAGGGGGAAGUGGAGAGUCCGCGCGACCUGCUGGACAGCAACGAGCAGAUCUUCCUGCAGGCGUGGGAGAACGACCGCGAUGACGACUCGCCCGCCUUCGCCUGGCCGGGGGGGGCUGGGUCGGGCGGAGGGGGGGGCGGAGGGGGGGGGGUGGUGGUGGACCUAAGGACGAGCAUGUGGCAGGGGGAGGAACAGCAGGCGCGGUGGCGGCAGCGGGGCCGGCGGCGUCGCUGGCGCGGCGGCACAUAAGGGACUCGCGAACGCUGUCGGUGGAGUCGGGCGGGCAGCAGUACGCGCGGCGCAUCGUGCAGGCCAACGACAGCACCAUGUCCGACGCUGAGGCGGGCAGCUUUGGCACCCGCAGGCACACCGCAGGGGCGCCCAUCACGGAUCGGUCGCGCCUGGCCCAGCCUCGUCCGCGCAACUUUGCGGACUUCCGUGCCGAGCGCCUUGUGGGGCAGGCAGCAGGUGGUGGUGCUGGUGGUGGGGGAGGUGGGGGAGGGUCAUCUGGGGGAGGUCCAGCUGGGGGUGGAGGUCCGGGGACACCUGGGAGAGGGGGUAUGCGGGGGAGAUCGCCCUAUGACAGUGUGGACUCUGCUAGUAUGGGGAGGCUCGACCUAGGGGGCGGGGGGGGCGGGGGGGGCGGGGGCAGGAGAGGGUCUCUGGACGGCAAGUCGUCAGGUGCAGGGGCCAGGGGCGGGCUGGACGUGUUCGGGCAGCCGUACGGGG